GAGAAGUUUCCUGUUAGAGGAAAAGGGAAAAAGUGACUUCUCAUUGAGAACACUGGACACUUAUUGGACUCUGGGCUGUUUGGAGGCUUUUCUCCGAGGAACAAAAGCGAGUCUGACGACAUUUCACAGCCUCUUGUUCGCAUGGAAAGUUCUUGCUGAUCAAUCUCCCAGUGGCCAAGAGAGGAACUUCAUUAUUAACCUGAAGGAACCAAACACCAAAGACAUGAAAGAGGAAGAACCUCAAGGAAUUAAAGAAGAACAGCGUGGACUGGGUAUCUUUCCAGAUGAAGAGCAACUUGUUAAGCAGGAGACAGAAACCUUUGUAGUGUUUUCUGCUCGUGACAAACUAUUUCAAGUUGAACCUGAACCAGAACCUGUACAGAUAAAAGGGGAACAUGGGGAUCUCUGGAGUAAUGAGGAUGCGGAGCAGCUUGUAGUGAAGCAGGAGGCUGACACCUUUAAGGUGACUCCUCUGGAUUUAAAACAUGACAAAAAUGAACCAGAAGAGAAAAUUAACCAACUUCUCAAUGCAGACUCCCCUGAAGGUGAGAAGCAGCAUCAGCAGCAUAAUAAUCAAGAAGAGUCAGGAUCAAACAGAGAUGAAGAGCUAAAGCGUAAAAAGAGACAAGAGAAAAUUAAAGAUCACAGUAGUGGUUCAAAAGUAAAAACACAUAAGACCAAUAAACCUUGUGAAGUAUGUGGUAAACGUUUCACCAAGUGUAGCUGUUUGACUAAUCAAAUUAGGAAAAAUAGAGGGGAGAAAUCUUUACUGUGUGUGCUUUGUGGAAAAGGUUUCCCCGGUCAAAGUCAUUUGAAUAUCCACAUGAGAGCCCACACAGGGGAGAAACCUUUCUCUUGUCCAACUUGUGCAAAAGGGUUUUCCACUAAAGGUUCCCUGAGUAGGCACAUAAGAACUCAUACGGGCGAUAAACCAUACCCUUGUGAAAUGUGUGAUAAAUCUUUCAGCAAUGGUAGUCAUUUAGCUGAUCACAUGAGAAUGCACACAGGGGAGAAGCCUUUUUCCUGUCCAACUUGUGCAAAAGGUUUUUCCUCUAAAGAUAGCCUGAUUAAGCACAUAAGAACUCAUACGGGCCAUAAGCCAUAUGUUUGUGGAAUGUGUGACAAAUCUUUCAGCUUUGGUCAUCAUUUAGCUAGUCACGUGAGAACGCACACAGGGGAGAAGCCUUUCUCUUGUCCAACUUGUGCAAAAAGUUUUUCCUGUAAAGGUCACCUGAGUAAGCACAUAAGAACUCAUACAGGCGAUAAGCCAUAUGCUUGUGGAAUGUGUGACAAAUCUUUUAGCAAUGGUAGUCAUCUAGCUCGUCACGUGAGAACCCACACAGGUGAGAAGCCUUUUUCCUGUCCAACUUGUGCAAAAGCUUUUUCCACUAAAGGUCACCUGAAUAUUCACAUAAGAACUCAUACGGACAAUAAGCCAUACCCUUGUAAAAUGUCUGCUAAAUCUUUUAGCAGUCGUAGUCAUUUAGCUUCUCACAUGAGAACGCACACAGGUGAAAAGCCUUUUUCCUGUCCAACUUGUGCAAAAGGUUUUUCAUGUAAAGGUAGCCUGAAUAAGCACAUAAGAACUCAUACGGGCAAUAAGCCAUAUGUUUGUGGAAUGUGUGACAAAUCUUUCAGCUUUGGUAGUUAUUUAGCUCGUCACGUGAGAACUCAUACAGGUGAGAAGCCUUUUUCCUGUCCAACUUGUGCAAAAGCUUUUUCCACUAAAGGUCACCUGAAUAUUCACAUAGAAACUCAUACGGACAAUAAGCCAUACCCUUGUGAAAUGUGUGAUAAAUCUUUUGGGAAUGGUAGUCAUUUAGCUCGUCACGUGAGAACCCACACAGGUGAGAAGCCUUUCCCCUGUCCAACUUGUGCAAAAGGUUUUUCUACUAAAGGUCACCUGAAUAUUCACAUAAGAACUCAUACGGGUGAGAAGCCAUAUCAUUGUAAUGUGUGUGAUAAAUCUUUUACUUCCUCUAGUAGUAGCAUUAGACAUAUGAGAAAUCACAGGUGAGAAGCUGUAUGCUUCUAAAGCGUGUGCUAAGUCUUUCAGAAACAGUUGUCAUCUGGCUGAUCACAUGCUAACCUACAGGUGAGAAGCCUUUCCUGUGUCUGAUGUGUAGAAAAUGUUUCUUCAAGCAAAGCAAUCCAAGUGUCCACAUGAGAAUCCAUGGUGAUGAGAGGUCUCACUCUUCAGAUACAUAUUAAAAUCAAUGACUGUUGUAAAUUAGCUAAACACAACAUACAGGUCAGUUAAAUCAUUAAAUGACAAGUUAUAACUUCUGCUUAUUCAUGGAUUGAUGGAGACAUCUACUGAACAACUAUAAAAGACUUGAUGAUCUUCCUUGGUGUGUUAUUUAAUCAUUAGAAUAUGAUUUAGAUACAAUUUUUUUCCUCUGUUGUUCAUUUGAAUAAAUGUUAGGGCUCAUGUGACACUAAAAAAUAAAAAUAUAUUCUUAAACUUCAUAAAAAUUAAACAUUUUUACUCUUAAAGCUGACUGGUUUUUAGCUGUUUGUAGUUAAACCCACCCUGUCAAAAAUAUUUUCAUUAAGAAAACCCCAGAUCACAUUACAUCCAAGUUUCACUGUGGAUGUAAUGUGUGUUUUAAUGAUGUCUGAGGUUGAUUUGUUGCAAACAUGCCUUUUUAGAGUUCAGUUUCAUUGCAGGAAUUUACCCACACUUGGUAAAUUCCUGCCUGAACUCAAAAAGUGCAACAUUGUUUCUGUUUG